AUGGCACUAGAAAAGAUACUAGAGACGAGUCCCAAUAUGCCUGUUUAUCCUGGUAGUCAACUGUGUGAAACCCCAGAUCUCCAUAAUACCAAUAGUAAAGAUAAAAGAGUACGGAAACCAACCAAUAAAGUUAGUAAAGCAUGCGAUAAUUGUCGGAAAAGAAAGAUCAAAUGUACGGGGAAGCAACCAUGUGCUACGUGUGAAGCCUAUCAAUGUCCGUGCAUAUAUUCAACGCAGAAGAGAAAGACGUCAAAGAGAAAUAACACCGCUAAGAUGGAACAACCAGAAAUACCGAAUGGACCCAAUAGUGUAGAGACGAAUUCAAGUUAUACUAGUUGCAGUAGUAUAUGUUUGAAUGGUGCGAAGCAAGAUAGUGUUUCAUCUGCAAGUAGCGCAACGUUAGUAAAUGAAACAGGAUUCACUAGGAAACAUUUAGACGUAAAGAAAGAGUUAAGACUGGUAGAAGGUAAUAAUGGACUGUAUAAGGAGGAUGCUAGUUUACAAGAACAACUGAUAGCUUUGCAAAACAUUUCUAACUAUCUAAAGAAAUUACCAAAGUCUAAUACUAAUAUUGAUAGAGCAAUAUCAAGUGUGAAAGCCCAAGUAACUGAGUUAGUGGAUAACUGGAACCCCGUAAUAGAUUUCAAUAAAUUAAAUUCUAUUCCUAAGGAUGAUCCAAAAUCACUAGAAUCACAUCUAUUGACAAAUAAAUACACAGAACAAGUUUAUCUAACAAACUUUGGAAUAUGGACAAGCUCAAAAAAGGAACCUCAACAACCUCUAGUAGACGAAAUGUUUGGUUUAUACUCCCCAUUCCAAGCCUUUUCCAUCCAGGGGAUUGGUUAUUGUUUUAGAACACACAUGCAAUCAAAAGAACAAUGUGCAGAUAUGGCAAAGCACACAAAGGAGACCUUGUAUAUCACUCUUAGAUUUUUUGACAUGUGUUUCCAACAUAUGAAUGAGGGAUGUAUGUCCAUAGCAAAUCCACUAGAAAGUUAUCUUCAGAAGAAAAAUUUGAUGGCUUCUACGCCGAAUUCAACCUCCUCCAUUGGGAGUCCCAGUACAGCAAACGAAAAAUCAUUGGUCAGUAUGUUAAUUAACCGUUUACCACAACCAUUCAUUGAGAAUUUAACGUCAGUUAGUCAUAAACAACUAUUUGAUACCAUGUACAACGAUUCUGAGAUGUUUAGAAUGGUUUUAAAGAUGUAUGAUACCAUUCGUCAUACCUUUGAAUCGUUUAUGAGAGAUUUGGCAUGCAUUAAAAAACAAUGGGAAACUGAUACAUGUAAAGAUCCCAAUGUUGUACAAAAAUUUGUCGAUUUUUGCGAGAGUGAAGAAAUUCUCCUGGCUCUGAGCUUCAGUUAUUAUAACUCAACAAUGUAUCGGCUAAUCGAUUCGGAUGCUAGUGUAGCAUAUUUAGAAUUGCUAGUGUUGUUUUUGGACGAACAACAAUGGGCUGAAGAACAUUAUGGUUUUGAAAAGGUACUAUGUGUUGCAAUUCAACAGGCAAUGAGAAUAGGUUUACCGCGUUGGGAAUAUUACUUGGGCCUUGACGAAGCCAUGGCAGAGAAAAGAAGAGUUUUGUGGUGGAAACUUUAUUGUUUUGAGAAGAUGAUGAAUGCGAAGUUUGGGGGGUUGCGGUCAGUUGACGAAAGAAAAAUGUCAUGUUUAUUACCAAAUGAUUUUAGAAGAGCGGGUUUCUUAAAUAAUAAAGCUUUUGUUGAAACUGUUGAUAAAGUACCAAGAUCAAAUGCCUUUGAUAGCAUGACCGUUAGCGAACUUAAAUCAUAUGGUGAAUGUGCCAUUUUGCAAUUGGCUAGUCAUUUCUCUGGAAAAAUUCUUUAUAACGAACGUUAUACUGCGAUCGAAAACAGUGCGAAGCCACCAUUUCUAAAAGAACAAUUAUUGCAAGAAGUUUGUGAAUCAGUACAAGCAAUAAUGCCAAAAUAUGAGGCAGUUAAAUUGCAAAUGUCAAAGUUAUUUGAUAUUGCGUACGGUAAAAUUCAGAUUACUUCAGCAGGUCCUGUAUCAAAGCUUGAAAAAGUACAAGCAUGUCAAUAUGUUCAGUUCUAUGAAUUCAAUAGAUGUCGCAUAUAUGGUUCAGUUGAUAAUCUGAUAACAAGACUAAGCGAUAGCCCUUCCUAUAAGAGUGUAGAUGUGGAGAAGAUGGUUACACAGGGCAUCUACUCAUGCUGGUUAAACAUGAGUGAGUCGUUGUUGCAUCUUGAGGACACAUACACUGUGUGUCGGUCUCUAAAAUACUAUUGUGUUGCCUGUGUUUUAUUGACGGCAAGAAAGUUUACUCUCUCCUCACUUCUAAAUUUAAAUGAUGUCAUUACAAUCGUCAAGCUAUUUCAGCGUUUUAAAACACUUGAAAUAGUGGAUAGAACUGAGGAAUUAAAUCAAGCCCAAGAGGGUAAAGCGAUUAAGGAAUACCGUCGUGGAUUAUCAUUUAUCGGAAUAAUUAGCCGUAUCAUGUUGUUAAGAUAUAUUGGCGAAUCAGGUAUGUCAAAUGAGGAAUUUAUCAAAUUAUUUGAUGAAAGGGCACCUGAACUGGGUAUGUAUCCGGCGAUUAUCCUCAACCCUAAUUCGGUCAUUUACAAAUAUUUAUUGCAACCUGUCGAAAAGAGUGGUUUCCAUCUAACUGUGAGGAAAAUGUUAGAAAAUGACAUUGAUGCUGCUUUUAAAGAGAGCAAGUCAUCAAAGUACUCAAAACAUCAAUAUAACCCGUUGAGACAGGGAAGGCAAACUUCUUUAUCUAGACCAAACAUGCCUACUCAUAAUAUACUAAAUGAUUGUGAUAUUGAUACUAUGGCGCUCAAAACCGAGGGGAAUACUGGUCCAGUUUAUCCAUCAAUGAAUGCAUUAUACACGAAUGACCUUUCGGGAACCAUUCCUUAUUCACCCUCUUCAUUUAAUUUAGAGCAGCUGCAAGGUGGAACUCCAGGAUCAGCGGUUCCAGCUGGCUCUGGUCUGCUCAAUGGAAGUUUAGAUGGUAACACCCAGAAUCAAGAUCCCAACUUAAUAGUAGGUUAUAAUUUAGGGACGUUAGAUGAGUUUGUUAAUAAUACUGACAUGAAUGACUUAUACAAUGUGCUGUGGAGCGAUCUUUAUUCUGACUCUGUCUUGUAA